AUGCGGAGAUGGCUGUUGGUUCUUCCACUGCUGUUCGGGUCACCUUGCGCCGGAGAUGAAGCGCAGGCCUGCAUGACUGCCAGGGUCAUCAGCGUUGGCACGGCGGAUCCAUGGGAUGCAGGGCAAGUUCGAAUCCUCACCGACAACUUGCCCAUUUUUCGCUUCGUGCCGCGCCGGGGAGUGAAUGUCGUGGCGUUGGGCCCCAAAGAUGGCACUGAGGUUUUGCUGAAUCGAACUUAUGGCCCACAAGAGGCUUCAGCAAAAGACCUCGAGAAGGACCUGGAUGAUUUGCCCCCGCACACCGUGAUUCUGGUGGCUUUGCUGGGGAUGUCACACCAGGCUUACCUGGAACCCUUGAGCAAGAUCCAAGCGACUCUCUUCCCGGCGAUCUCUCCCGAACAAGGUUAUGCCUUGAUUGGCAGCAAGGGCCGUGUGCCUCUGGAGCAUGUUGGUAGUCAAGCCCGGGAAGGUGUUGACAUCGUGAAGUGCCUAAACAUGGUGAGGUUUGGCUGUUGCUGGUGGGUGCUGGUUGGCUGCUUGGCGGCAGUGAACUAUUGCCAUGGAUCUGCGAGUGCUGUGAUCAGUUUGGACGCGGCGCCGGUGCCGGACCUCCCACUGGACGAUUUUGAGGAUGACGACUGCAUUGAGUCGCAGGAAUCGGACCUCCUCUUGUGGUCACUGCAGUUGAACUGGGAAAAGAUUUGGGAUUUGCAGCAUUUGAUGCACGAGCUGGGCGGAGUUUUGGAACAAGUUCUCUUGCAGAUCGAAGCUGGCGUGAACAAGGAGCCCGACAGCCCGGCUAUGCUAUGCUAUGCUCAGAUGCUAUAG